CUAGUUUCCAACACUUCCAAUUCAAUAUAUUCAAAAGUUUCCAACUUUUACUUUAGCUCAAAGAGUGAUCAUUCUUUGCUUUGUUCUUAGCAACAAGUUUUUCUUUGUUUUUGGAUUGAAAAAAAAAAUGGCCGAUCAAUAUGAAAAGAAGGUUGAAGAGGGUAGCGCAAACGUGGAGGCUACAGAUCGUGGUUUGUUUGAUUUCCUAGGGAAAAAGGAAGAGGAAAAGCCAACUCAUGUUCAAGAGGAACAGGCUAUUUCCUCUGAGUUUGAUGAAAAAGUAAAGGUAUCUGAAGGAGUUGCAGAAUACAAGGAGGAAGAGAAGAAAGAAGAGGAGCACAAGAAAGAAGAGAAGAAACUCCAUCGAUCAAGUAGCAGCUCUAGCAGCUCUAGUGAUGAGGAGGAAGAAAUAGGAGAGGACGGACAGAAAAUCAAGAAGAAGAAAAAGAAGGGUUUGAAGGAUAAGAUCAAGGAGAAAAUAUCUGGAGAACACAAGGAAGAAGAGAAGGCAGAGGACACGGCUGUUCCAGUGGAAAAAUACGAGGAAACAGAGGAGAAAAAAGGAUUCCUAGACAAGAUUAAGGAGAAGUUGCCAGGUGGCGGACAAAAGAAGACUGAGGAAGUGGCGCCGCCACCACCGGCUGCGGCGGAGCACGAGGCUGAGGGAAAAGAGAAGAAGGGAUUUUUGGACAAGAUUAAGGAGAAAUUACCAGGAUACCACUCAAAGACUGAAGAAGAAAAGGAAAAAGAGAAAGAAACUGCAUCUCACUAAAUUAUUACAGCAUGAAAAUGAAUGUUUCUAUUUGUCGCUUUUUUGUUUUGUUUUUGUGGAUGUCAUGAUUGUGCUACUGCUGUUUGGUUAAGCUUUCAUUUCCUUCACUUUUUUGGGGUUUGAAGGAUAAUAGUAUUGUAUUCAUAUAUGUAAGUGCAUAUAGUAUGUGCUUAUGUAUGAAGUUAUGUGGAUCUUUCUUUUGUAAAAUGCAGUUGGUUUUGCUUUUCACCUUA